AUGAUGCCGAGAAGUCGCUUAUUGCGAUACAUUUCUCUUCUUUCUUUCGCUUUAUUCAUUCUCUAUUUCUUCUUCCCCGGCGAUGAACUCCCCAAAGAGUUUUUGAUGUUACAGGAAAUUUCCUCAAAAUCGGGAGACGGGCAUAAAUGUCAUCUAAAAGCGCUUGAUCCAUUCGAUGAAUCGAUCAAGAAAUAUGUUGAUGUGAAGCCACAAAAAUUGAAAUGUCGAAAGAUUCAGGACAACUAUGCCGAAUUGAUUGACGGCAGGAUUCAUUUGCUGAGGAAUGACUCGGAAUGUUUGUAUCGAUCGGUCGAGCACAAUUCAGGAGUCGACGAUUUCCAUCCUCGAUUUGGAGAAUGGAAAAGAAUUGAGGCUGGGUUUUCCCCAAAAAUCUUCACCGAUUUCGUGCAAGUCGAGUGUUUCCGCGAUUUUUUGGGUAUUCGGAAAAACGUCUAUCGAAAUGCUUUCUUUCAAAUUUUCCCCCGAAAUCUCAGCUCCGAAACGGGAAAGUCAUACUCUCGGGAUUUCUCCACUCGUCCAAGCGUUCUCAUCAUCGGAAUCGAUGGCGUCUCAAGGAGUAACUUUGUUCGACAAAUGCCAAAAACUCUAAAAACGAUGUCUGACAUGAAUUUCGUUACACUUGAGUCCUAUUCAAAGCUUGGCGAUAACACUUUUCCGAAUCUUUGCGCGAUGAUGCUCGGGAAGAGAGGUUAUUUCUCGGAGGAAUUCCCGAGCGAAGUGGAGGAUGGAUGGGGUGUAAAUUACGAUUCGUGGACCGAGUUUAUGUGGAGGAGGUUUGGUCGUGAUGGAUACGCGACAAUGUUUUCUGAGGAUCGACCUGAAUGGAGCACGUUCAGUUACAAAGAAAGGAGUCAUGGAUUUGUGGCCCGACCACCGACCGAUCACUAUCAAAGACCGUACUUCUUGUCAAUUUACGAUACAACGGAGAUGCUGCGAAGUUCGACGCAAUGUUUUGGGGAGACUCCAUUACAUAUGCUACAGCUCGAUUACAUUGAAAGCUUCAUGAAAACGUAUCGCGAUCUCUCAAUUCCAUUCUUCACUUUAUUUUGGAAUGUCGAAUUGUCACACGAAUAUUUGAACACUCUCAAAGUGGCUGAUGAUGAUUUCUCAGCUUUCCUCACUCGAAACACCGAUUUGUGGGAGAACACGGUGGUGAUUUUGCUGUCGGAUCACGGGAAUCGCUACGAUGCAAUUCGAGAAACGGUGGUCGGUCGAAUGGAAUCCCGCCUUCCAAUCAUGUCAAUCAGAUUGCCCGAGCUUUUGACGAAGAAGCACCCGAAAAUGUUGUCAAAUUUGCAGCGUAACGCGAAGAUCUUCACGACCCAUUUCGACACACACGAGUUGCUCAACGAUUUGUUAUUGAAUCGUUACGAUUUUGCCUCAAAUACCUCGCGGGGUUUCUCGUUGCUUGGUGAGAUUCCCGAGAAUCGCACGUGUGCCCAACUGAACGUCCCGGAUUCUUACUGUCCCUGUUAUCAAGAGGUGACUCUCGAUGUUUCAAAAGGAAAAGAAGCCGCCGAGUUUUUGCUUGCCGAGGUGAAUCGAGAGAUUGAAGAGAGUCCAGAUAAAGAUCGCUGUGUUCACAUGGAUUUGGCCAAGAUCGAAUCGGUUUCCGUCCGUCUGCCACCAAAGGCGAUCAUCAAGGAUAGAAGCAUGAGUUACAAAAAUCCAACGGGAGCAAUCACCGUCAUUUACCGAAUCUCAAUUCGCAUCUCUCCCCCAUCAAAUGCUCUCCUCGAAGCCGUUCUCCAUCACGACCUUUCGUCAAAGCUUUUUCCAACUUGGAAAAUUGAUGGAGAUAUUGAGAGAAACAACAAAUAUGGCAAUUCCUCGCAUUGUGUCGAGACAAAGAAACUCCAAAAGCUCUGUCAUUGCAAA